AUGACUUUAAGCGACAACACGGGAAAUAAUGAUACUCUCCCUUCACAAGGGAAUUCAGGAAACCAUUCUUCCAAAUUUAAAAGUCAGUUAAGAGCGGAUGCUCAGGAGUUUAAGCCUACAUUCGGAAUUACUGGUUCCAAUGCCAUUCCUAAUUCAAGUGUUUAUUAUCACGGAAUUAUGCCUAAUUAUGGCCAUAUUAUUGAAUAUGACGGGUACCGAGUGGGUGGUACAUAUUAUAAGGGCCCUAAAAAACAAAAUAAUGUAGAACCGUCAAAAUCUUCAACUCAUCUCAAUCCAAAUGCUCAAGAAUUUAUUCCCAGAGGCUGGGUAAAUCCUACGAAUGAAUCCACAACAGGAACUUUAGAACAUCAGAGAGUUGGCCAACCGGCUUGUACCGAUAUUUUUACUCGGCAUUUGGAUCAAACAAGUUCUCAACGACCUGAAAACUCGUCCAACUUGAAAUCUGAGCAAAUUAAACGUAGCUCUACUGAGUCUGUAAAAUCUAAGAUGGAAUCUAGUUCUCCUUCCAAUAAUUUAAUUAAAGCAGUUAACAGAACAGACAAUCCACAAACAGAUAUAUCAUUGAAAUCUCACAAAAAAAGUUUAGAAUCCGACUUGGAUCUGUCACCCCAUAAGUCAGAUCAAAGUAUUUCUAGUCCGAUUUCUAAUAAACUAUUGUCAAGUGAUUCGUCUAAUCAAUCAAAUCACUUUACUUUUAAGGAUAAGUUAUUAGCAAGCGUUAGUACUCAUACUACUACUACUACUACUACUACUACUACUACUACUACCAAUAAUAAUAAUAAUAAUAAUAUUGAUAAUAACAAUAAUAAUAAUAAUAAUAAUAAUAAUAAUAAUAAUAAUAAUAAUAAUAAUAAUAAUGCCUCAAGUGCAAUAAUUAAUCAAUGUUCAACAAACAUCACCGAGGAUAAACAAGAUUCUGAAAUAAUUAAAAAUAUGGUUUCUAACAAGACUAACGAGACAAAAGUUUUUAAAAAAGGAACGAAACAUAUCGAUAAAACGGAACAGCAUGAUACCAAAAAUGAAGUAUUAGAUGAGAAAAACCAAGAUUCUAAUCAGAACAAUACAACUAAAACUAAUUUAAGUGAUGCUACCAGUAUAAAAAGAGAAGCUGAUACAGGGCCUGUUAGCUGGGCGCAAAGACUCAAAAACAGCACUUGUGUUACCCAUAAUAAAAAAACAGGUGAUCCUUGUUCAACAAAUUUGGAUUCAACCUUUCCUAGUGAAAGUAAGCCACAUGUAGAAACAAACAUCGAAAGACAUGAUAAUGCUAAAUCAAAUUUCAGCAAUUCACAAAAUCGAUCAGAGGUCUCUUUAAAAGAUAACUUAGAUUAUAAUAAGACAAAGGAUUCUAAGAAGCCAAAAGAAAGGCAUCUUUCACCAGAAGAUUCGAAGAUUUCAGAAAGAGAAGGACCAAAAAUAAGUGAUCUGGAUGAAAAACUAAAACUAAAAAAACCAGAAGGUAAUAUACACGAACAAAUUGAAAGUAAAGAUUUCCAUGUUGAUAAUAAAUCAGGCCUUACUGAAAACAUUGACAAUCUAAGUGAAAAUAAAGAAAUAGCAGAUUAUGAAUGCCCCAAAGAGGAGAAAGCUACCAUCUAUAAAAAUUCACUUUUCGAAUCUAGCAAUUUUCCUAUAUAUAUUUUACUUGCGUUAAGGACUGUUUCAAGAGAAUUCAAAAGUUUAGAUAUAAGUUUCUCUCCUCCAGAACUUUGCAAACGGAAUUUUGGUACAAAAGAAUUGGACAGAGAUAGUGGCCAUCGUGGAAGAGGUGGUUGGCCAAGUAACCUAAACCACUCAAGCGGAAAUAAGCACUAUCAUCGUGAUGCUGGUAAUUAUGGCCCAAAUAAUCGUAGAGAUAGAUUUCAAGGUCAUGGGAAUAGUCAGAACCCUCAAGGAAGUAAGCGAAUUAAUGAUAAUAUAAAUGGAGGAGCUCAAAACUCAACGCUUGAUUGGACAAGAGAUGAAAGAAAAAUGUUCAGAUUGGAAAGCUCUGCAGAAAGUUGGGUUGUCAAGCAAAAAGAACAAAAGGCAAAGGGAAACCAGUUUGAAACUCAGCUUCGUCAAUAUAGAGCAAUUUUGAAUAAAUUAACGAUUGAGAAAUUUGACAAGCUAUAUGAGCAAAUAUUGUCUGUGGGUAUAAAUAAUGAAGAAGAGAUGAUUGGAUUAUUAAAACUUGUAUUCGACAAAGCGACAACACAACAUCAUUUCAUACCUAUGUAUGUUGAGCUCUGUGAUAAGCUACGUGAUCAUUUAAAAGAUGUUACAACCAUAGAAACUAGGCGCAUUUUAGUAGAUCUUUGCCAGGAAUUGUUUGUAGAGAACUUAUCAGAAAUGGUUUUACCCGAGCAUAUUCAAGAUAAUGAGGAAGACUCUUUUGAAUGGCAAUUGAAGUAUAAAAAUAAGAUGAAAGGUAAUAUGAUAUUUAUGGCUAGUUUAGUUCGCAAAAAGGUCAUUGCAUCAACCGUUGUUUUGAUGUGUAUGGAAGAGCUUCUACAAUUCCACUUACCUCACCACUUGGAAGCUCUAUGCGUAUUUCUACACCAUGUAGGGCCAUUUCUAGAUAGUGAAAGAUGGAAACAUUAUGAAGAUUUCAAUACCUUAUUUCUUCAAUUUGAGGAGUUUUCGACUAAUACAGAUAUACCAAUUCGAAUUCGAUUUUUGAUUAAUGAUGUAAUUGAUAGUAGAAAAAAUAACUGGAAAAGCAAAAAUACUAAGGAAGGCCCCAUGAUGCUCGAUGAUCUUAAAUCGAAGAUCAAUGCAGAACGUGGGGAGUUAGGAAAUGCUUCUUCCAAAGCAAAUAAUUCGUCACAGUAUAAGUCUCAGAGUAAUAGUUCAUUCAAAACUUCAGAUAAAGGUUCCACGGCUGAAAAUAACGCAAAAUCCGUGGACUCGGCUUCCAAUCCUUGGCAGAGACACGUUCCAUCGAGCUCUUCAAAAGGAGGGCUUUCAAGUGGCAAUAUUUCUUCAAAAUCUUCUGAUAAAAACCUGAAUUUUAGCUCAUUAGCCGAUAACAAAAAUAUCAAUAAGGAUUAUUCCAGAGAAAAAGUAGAUGACGAGUUUUUAGAUGAGGAAAAUGAGCAUUAUAUACCUGAACAUAUAAAAGAUAGUAUUGGAGGAUUAAUGGAUAGUUAUGUAGCAAGUUAUGAUCUGGAUGAGUUUUUUGGCCAUAUUAAUGAUUUGGAAAUUCCUCCAGAAUACUUUGAUGGUGUUUACAAAAGUAUAUUUAUACGUAUAGCAGAAUACAAGGUAAAGCAAAGAAAUGCAUUAUUUAAAGCUCUCAUCCUAUAUUCUCUUAAAAACAAAGAAUAUAUGAAUGGCGAGUCAGCAAAAUCAGGAAUUAAAAUGGCUCUACAGCCCAGUAUUCUGGAUGAUAUUCUAAUUGACGUACCACAAUUUAAAGAAAUUGUUUUGACUGAAUUUAUUACUGAUGCGAUUUCUAAAUAUGAUUCAAAUGGACAAGUAUUCGAUUCAGAUUUUAUUUCACAAGCUAAUUUACUUUUAAGUUAA